AUGACACUACUUUUCCGUUCCCUUCAGCUCCUGUCUCUGCUCCUGCUGGCCAGCGCAGUCACCGCCGAGCACACCUCCAACUGGGCAGUCCUCGUGUCCACCUCGAGAUUCUGGUUCAAUUACCGUCAUCUCGCCAAUGUCUUAUCCCUCUACCGCACCGUGAAGCGGCUCGGCAUUCCAGACUCACAGAUCAUCCUCAUGCUCCCCGAUGACAUGGCCUGCAAUCCCCGGAACGCUUUCCCCGGAACCGUCUACAGUAAUGCAGACCGCGCUGUUGAUCUGUACGGCGACAACAUCGAAGUGGACUACAGGGGCUACGAAGUGACAGUGGAGAACUUCAUCCGCCUUCUUACCGAUCGCCUCGACGAAGAUGUCCCUCGAAGCAAGAGACUGGGCUCUGAUGCCGGCAGCAACGUUUUGGUCUACAUGACCGGCCACGGCGGCGAUCAGUUCUUGAAAUUUCAAGAUGCGGAGGAGAUUGGCGCUUGGGAUUUGGCCGACGCAUUCAACCAGAUGUGGGAGAAGAAGCGCUACCAUGAAUUACUUUUCAUGAUCGAUACUUGCCAAGCAAAUACGAUGUACACUCAUUUUUACUCGCCCAACAUUGUUGCUACAGGAUCCAGUGAGCUCGAUCAGUCCUCUUACUCCCACCAUGCGGAUAACGAUGUCGGAGUUGCGGUCAUUGAUCGCUGGACCUACUAUGUGCUGGAAUUCCUCGAGACUCAAGUGACAAGCGCCAAUUCGAAGUUGACACUGGGCGAUCUGUUUGAUUCGUAUGAUGAAUCUAAGAUUCAUUCCCAACCUGGCGUACGAUGGGACCUGUUCCCCGGUGGUGAGCAAGAAGGUCGACUCCGAACCGUUGUAGAUUUCUUUGGCAACGUGCAGAACGUCGAGGUUGAGAAUGCCAAUGCCACAGAGCCCGGUUCUCUUAAGGAAGACCUGGCUGAGAUCGCACGACUAGUAGAGAAGUGGCAAAGACGUGACGAGGAAUAUUCCACCAUCUUCAAUAGCUCGGCUUCGCAAGCACCUAAAAACCCACAGUCAUCCUCGGUGCAUCUGGCCCCGAAGAAGACCGUCGGCCCAACCCGAAUGACUGAUGAGAGCAGCUGGGCCAAACGCCUGGUCGGGAUAUCUGUUGUGGGAGCUUGCACAGCUAUUUGGGUAGCCGGCUCGUAUCUGGGUCGCUCAGUGGCUUAA